CAUACGGUCACACGGCUUAACCGCACAUGUGUAAACAAAUAAGCAAAAACACCAAACACCAAAAAAAUGGGAAAGUCCUCAAAGGAUAAACGUGAUAUUUUUUAUAGAUUGGCCAAGGAGCAGGGCUGGCGAGCCCGAAGUGCCUUUAAACUGUUACAAGCCGACGAAACAUUUAACUUACUCGAUGGCGUUAUGCGCGCCGUGGACUUGUGCGCUGCACCCGGAGGCUGGUCACAAGUGCUAUCCAAAAAAAUGUAUGAGCCGCGAACAGCCGAGGAGCGUCAGCAUGUCAAGAUCAUUGCAGUUGAUAUGCAGGGCAUGGCACCCAUUGAUGGCGUUACUGAAUUGCGUGCAGAUAUCACCAAAGAAUCCACUGCCAAUGCCAUUAUUGAGUUCUUUGGUGGACAAAAGGCGCAACUGGUGGUUAGUGAUGGAGCACCCGACAUUACAGGCAAUCAUGACUGGGAUGGCUAUAUGCAGGCACAAUUGCUGCUGUCUGCUCUCAGCAUUUCAACCUACAUCCUCGAAGAGGGUGGCUCAUUCAUGGGGAAAGUGUAUCGAGCAGCAAAUACUAGCGAAGUUUAUCGGCAGUUAAAGCGCUUCUUUAAGGAGGCCUGUGUGUUUAAACCUUCGGCGUCGCGUAACUCAAGCAUUGAGGCGUUUGUGGUGUGCCGUCAAUUCAAAAUGCCCAAAGAUCAUGUGCCCUGCAAUCUAAUCACAGAAUGGUACAUAAAGCCGGAGCAAGCGUUAAAAGAUAUUACGGGCUUGAAGUAUGGUCCAGUCGAGCAUCUGCCAUUUGUUGCUCAUCAGUGUGAAUAUGAUGCGGAUCUCAGCUACGAUUUGAAUGAGAACUAUGAGCAUCAUGAGGCUGUACAGAAACCUUUGACUGCAGCGUAUCAGGCUGUUAUAGAAAAAACACGCAACAUGAGCAUGAAGUACAAUUCAUAUGUCGUGCGCCAUGAUGGUGAACCGUCUGCAGAACAGGAGAAAAACGAUAAGACCACGUAA